AUGACAGCCGGGACAGUGGUCAUCACUGGCGGAAUUCUAGCGACAGUUAUAUUACUCCUUAUCAUCGCAGUACUGUGCUACUGUAGGCUGCAGUAUUAUUGCUGCAAGAAGGAAGAGUCCGAGUCGGAGGAGGAGGAGCCAGACUUUGCAGUUACCUCCCGCCUCCCGCCAGUCCACUCCAAUCAUAACAUUGUGGCGGCAACGGCCGCCGCCUCCUCCAUCCCAAAUGGCCCCGCCCUUUUCUCCACCCCUCCGCUGGCCAGGAAACUAACACGUUCACAGACCUUCUGUCCAUCCUGUACGCACUAUGAGUUGCCUUUCUACCUCCAGCCCCCUCAGCCGCAGCUACACCAUCAACCAGAUGGAUUGAGGAACGGAGGUGACCGGAUCAGCUACCGCAGCGUCCAGCAGCAGGAUCUGGACCUGCCAGUGCCUGUGAACAUUUCAAACUACCGUAAACCAAACCUCGCCCGGUCGGUAACCAUGAGGGACAUGUUCACACGCAGCUGUAGCAUAAGUACGGAUGUUUAGCUUGGUGAGGCUGGAACUCGGUGUAAGUUUAUGCUUAAAUUAAGUGGGAUGGCCUAGGCCGGACUGGGUUUUUGUCAUCUUGACCAGUUUAGUCCAGUCUAGUAUGGGGUGAUCUAGUCUGGUCUCGUUCUACUGGUCACCUCCUUGCAGAAUGGAGGACUCAGAUGGCUCUCAGGACAGGAUUUUCAAAGACGCCUCCAGUUUGACGGGAGGCUGGUUUCUC